AGAAUCACAAAACACGACCUAGACGGCUAGACGAGAAAGAACACCAGCUGCGCAACCUCAAUCCUCACGAAGCAUAAUGAAAACCUCCAUGAACCCACCAUCAUACCAUCAAUUUCUAACAUCGCCUUACUCCUUGCCUCUCGCAGCUCCCAUCCCCGAACCUCCCCCUGGGUUUUGUGUGACUCUGGGUUUGAAUUCGAUGCGACCUGGAGCUAAACAGUUAUCAAUGCAAGUUCCUAAUGACUGGGUUGCUUUGCUCAUUGGCAAGGAUGGUGAGACUAUAAAGACUAUACAAAGCAGGUCAGGUGCCUGUAUGGAGAUUAUACCCCUAUGCCUCCCUCCUGGUGACACAUCAACAGAGAGAACAGUGUAUAUAAAUGGUUCAGAUGAGCAGAUAGAGGCAGCUAAAGAAUUGGUUGAUGAAGUUAUGAGUGGGAAACAAAUCACUAAUACAUAUGGACCUAGCAGCUACAUGCAACCUGCAUACCCCCCUACCAGUAAUGUGGCCUCACGAGGACCAAGUGAUAGCCUAACAAACCCAUUGGCUGUCUCUCAAACAGCUCUGCAAUACUACCCUGGAUAUGGUUUCUAUAGCCAACAGGUUCCUGCAGGGUCGGCUCCACUCAAUGCCAGCUGUAGUUACAGUCAGGCACCACCAGCUGAGGGCAGUGGUUAUUAUCAGGGCUACAGCCAGCCGACUUAUGGGCUAAAUGUCUCCAGUGGGACUCAUGAUCAGCCGGCAGCAUAUGCAGCUUCGUUUUAUGGACAAACUACUUUGUCGACUGAUGGAACAGUUUACUCGCAGUCUAAUCAACCAUCAUAUCCAUAUGCACAGGGUUACAGUCAACCAACAGCUAAUCUUCAGGUUGGAUAUUACGCUCCUUCCAGCUUCGUGCGUCCUCCACCUGCUCAAACAGAAUAUGAUAAAACUUACUCCCAAACAACUUAUGGAGGAUCACAGGCAGUGUUGUCACGAGGCGGCCGGGCGAGCGCCUAGGCUUAAUCGCCUCAGACCAGGUACAAGGCUGGUCAGGCGCGCACCUAGGAGAAAUGGGGUCAAGUGUGUUGUUUUUUUGGGUUGUCGAUAGUGAAGGGAAGGCUCGUAAGCAACGUCUCGUUUAUUCUCGAGGUUGAAGAUGAAGAGAAGAAGACAGAGACUACUUUUUUUCUUUCUAAAAUUAGUAUUUAUUUUAUUUUAUUUAUGUGGAUGUUGAAUUUUUCAAGAAAAAACAUGUAAGGAGCUAUUUAUAUGAUAAUUUACAAUGGGCUGGACAACUUGUGCAGUCCAAGACUUUAAAGCUUUAUCAUAUAUUUAUCAUUUUUUAAAAA